UAAAUGGUCGUGUUCCCAUUGUACAGAUUAAAGGAUUAAAAGAUUAUCGUUAACGUAGGAUUAACUUCUUCUAAGUGAAAGGAUAUAGACAGAAAUAAUAGAACAGAAUUUCAGAUUUAAUUUCGGUCAAGUAUUAAAAAAAUGUACUGGUUCAUUAACAAGAAUUGUUGAUUUAAUUAAAACAGAAGUUCGGGAUUUGAGUGGAUUACAUACAUAGAGAUUAUCCCUGACUUCACACCUCAUGUUAAUCGGUUUGUCUCGUUACCGGAGGAAUAUAACCAUAGGUGGCUGUAUUACAACCGAGGAAUAACAACCAAUAACGUGUACCCGAGGUGCAGGACAAGGGUUGUUCUAAAGCAGUUUGACUAAAUUACCAAAGGUCAACAUGUCUCGUCGAUUGUCAAACUUAGCAUCUUCAUCUUUAACCCGGAGUGAACCAAUAACGCCAAAAAGUAGGCGCAUGCGUGGUUCGAUUGUUGCCUCGAGGCUUGUUGCGCCUUUUGGAGGUCAAGGACACACAUCGAGUAACGUAAGUGAUUCGACACCGUUUUUAGAGAUUACCUCCCUUGGCGAACGUUCUGAUGGAAUAUUACACGGCAAAAAAUUGGAAAACACUUACAAAAUUGGUCCCGAUAAGACUUUUAAAACUGCGGAAAUUGAACGCGCCACAAAAGAAGUGCUCAGUGAAAGCUUAAAGGAUGUUGAAUACAAUGCUACCAAGUGCCGAGAACUUAGCCAAGACGUUGCUUCAAAAAUUAUGGAGAAAAUUAAAAUUUUAGGACUAAAACGUUAUAAAGUUAUUGCUGUUGUAAGUAUAGGUAGUCUGAAAGAAAAACCCGGAAUGCAAUUCGGAAGCCGGUGUCUAUGGAAUAAAAACACGGAUAAUUUUACCAGUGUUAAAUUUUCUAACGAUUCAAUAUUUUCCGUUGCAAUGGUUUAUGGUUUAUAUUUUGAAUAAAUAUGAAACAGAU